AUGAAUAUUGAUAGUGGAAAAAGUGAAGAUCCAUACUUAGAGGAGGAAGAUCUAGUGUCACAAAUCGAGAGGCUUUCGCCAGAGGAACGAAUAUUUGAUUUUAGAGAUGAUCCCUUUAAAUCGUUGAGAGAAAGAUUCAAGGAAAAAAAAGUGAGUUUCCAAGAAGCACCAGAUGAAAAAAGUUCCAAGAGUUUAAUGGGACAAAGGAUAUUACUUGCACUGUUUGGAGAAAGAAAUGAGCAAAAAGAGCAAGAGAAUCCGAAAAAGGAAUAUCGAGAAAAGCAGGACCAGAGCAGGCUACCCAAGGAAGAUCCUACUGAGACGCUAGAAGAUCGGUUACAGGAAAGCAUGAAUUUGAAUUCAAAGGCGGUAGGCAAUAUUGAUGAUAAUGUGGAAAGCCUAAAUGAAAUCAUGAAGAAGGCCAUAGCAAGAACCUCUGAUAUUGUAAAUAUUGUAGACAUAUUCGGAGAGGCUACUAUCAAACGAGAGGAAAUUCAGCUUAGAAGACAAUGCGGAAUAAGAGAAAUAGAAAACAAAAUGGAUGGAUUAGUGAAGUCUAAAGAAAAGAAUCAUCAAAGAGAGGAUAUAAAAAUUUACUCGAAAUUGAAUGAGAGCAUAGAUAGAGGGUUGUUGCUAGAGAAAGCGUGCAGGAUGCUAAUUGAUCAUAUAUUGGGCUUAUAUGAUGAGGUACUCAUACCCAAUAUUCUUUGGUCCAAUUUGAAGACAAACAAAACCGCUAUAGAUAUUAUCACUGGUGAUAAUAUGAUGAUGGACGAAAAAUUGGAAAAUACCUUCCUGGAAACGGAAAAGAGGUUGAAUGGAUUUCUAUCAUCCACUAAUAGAGUAUUUCCAGAACAGAUAGAUUCAACCAAAACUUUGCUUAACGACCUGAAAGGUACGGUAUACCAAAGAUUAUUUACCUAA